UUUACAUCUUUGUGACGUUAUUUUUAGUAAUCAGAUGUAAACAGUAGGAAAUAAACAGCUGUAUUUUUGUGUGGAAGAGUGCUGCAAUAUUAAAUAAAACGAGAGACUUAGAAGAUCAACGAUGACAAAACCUUUGACAGUGUUGAAGAGUGUUGGUCCAAAGUUGGUUCCUUUCUUCAAGACCUGUGCUAUUUUCUUUGUUUUGUAUGGCAAUGAACCAGCAGCAUGUGGGAUAGUUUAUUGUAUACUGAAAUGUCUUCCCGUCAUAUCAUUAAUCUUAUUUAUAUUACUGGAUGGAAUGAGCUUGUCCGAAUCAUAUUACAGGUAUUCCAGAAGAAUUUUGAUUGGACUGAUAUUUUCAUGCUUUGGUGAUGUAUUUUUGGUAUGGAAACAUAAAGGCAUGAACUUUGAACUUGGACUACUCAUGUUUGCUGUUGCCCAAACUGAAUAUGCACGUGCUUUUGGAUGGAGACCUUACAAUCUGUAUGCUGGUGGAACGUUUGCAAUACUUGGUGCAGCCGUUUACUACUUUUUAAGUUCAAGUUUGGACGGUAUAAUGUCGUAUCUAGUGGCCCUGUACAUCACACUUAUUUGUACAAUGGCCUGGAGGGCAGUCGCUAGAGUCCAGAUAUUCGAUGAUUUCAGAACUUGGUGCAAGCUAUGUGGUAGUUUUGCAGCUAUUUUCUGUCUCCUUUCUAAAACUACAAACUUUGAACUGCCCUUUGGAUUGGUUCUGUUUGCAGUUGCUCAAAUCGAAUACGCACAUGCUUUUGGAUGGAAAAGUUUGAACCUGUAUGUUGGCGGAUUGAUUGCGGUUCCUGGGUCAGCUGUGUACUAUCUUUUAAGUACAUAUGUUGGCGACAUGGUGUCCUACAUGUAUCUAGUUGCCCUAUUCAUUACGCUUGUUUGUAUAAUGGGUUGUAGAGCAGUAGCUAGGUUCCAGUUACUAGACGAUUUAUGGACGACUUGGGGCAAGCUGUUUGGUUGUAUAGGAGCUAUGUUCUUUGUCCUGUCUGAUCUAACAAUAGCAGUGGAUAAGUUUUGUUUUGAUGUACCGUGUGCACACCAGAUAAUCAUGCUAACAUAUUACGCUGCCCAGGUGUUGAUUGCAAUGUCUGUUGUUGAUAGUCAGGUUGAUGAACUCUUGAACUCGAAUCAGAAGAAAACUGAUGGUCCGAUUGAUAAACUCUUCAAGAGAACUGCCAAUUAUUUAUCACAAACUCUACAUCCUGUACACCAUGUACACCGGGAACACCCUGUACAUCAUGUACACAGGGAGUGAUUGAGCAGGAGUUAGUUUGGGACUCCCGAUGGCGUGAGCUAGAUUAAAUUUUAUUCCAAGUUAAGAAAACAAAUCUUUGGAUUUAGUGUACAAUGAUUCAGUCAUAUUCACCUAACCAGAAAUAAUAGAUAUCUGUUCAUGUACACUGAUGAUAGUCGAGACACACUGGUCAAAAACUGUGACACGGAAAUACUCAGAACCCACGUUGUUGUAUGUGGUUGUAUUAUAUACCUUGUUGUGUAAACCAAUUAUACUGCCACUAGAUUGUCAAAUACAUGUACAUGUGUGUUAUGUAUAAAUUGUUAUUGCCAAAAAUAUUGAUCAAUUUGUCUUUCAUUUGUUACAUUUUACCAUGGUUACAGUUAUUGUUCAUUUUAUCCUGUUUAUAGAAAUCAAAAGUUACAACGGAAACAAAAUUUACCAAAAAAAGAAAAUUAAAUUAUAUCAAAAGUGUAAUGUAAUUCAAUUUCAUUAUAUAUCAUUUAUAUAUGAAAUGUUUUCUUUUUCUUUAUGAAUUUGAGAGAAUGAUAUACAUAUACUCAUUCAAUGUUUUGGCACAGAAAGUUUUAUAACAGUUUCAAUGGUUUCAAUGCACUUUUAUUUAAGCUUCUGACUGUGAACAAAACAUUUACCUUUUCAGUAAAACUGCAUUUAUAUUAUAUUCUGAAUUUAAUUGGAUUAAAACAUUGUAGAAGUCUAAGCUCAAAUUCUAUUGCUUUUAUAUUUUAUAUUUUAUGAGUUAUGAAAUAAAUUAAAAAUAAAUUAGUUGUCAUUAUACAAAUUUGGCCAACUCUUUCUUGAAAUGUACUUAAGUUAAGAUAUUUACACAUGUUACAUUUCUGAUUCAAAAAGAAAUAGUCCCCCUUUUCUUUUUACCUCAGUGAUAGAAGUUCAUGUACAUCAAUAUUUCGUCACAAAAUUAUGGUACCUCCAGAAUUAUUUAUAGAACAACUAAUCAGAGAAAUCAAUUCAAUAUAGAAAAAUACUCAUCCAGUAACUUUGAACAACAGAUUAAUGGGGCUCAUGGGGAUAAAUCAACAAUUAUUUGAAAAAAAUAAAAGAAUAAAGGUUAUCGAUGAGUUAUAAAAGAUAUUUCAAUUUAAAUGCCCCAAAAAAUGCAUUUUUUCACUAAAGGGAGAUAAUUUGAAGCUUUUUCAAUGAUUUAAACAUUUUAAAAGUAAUGUUGGGCAAAAAAAAUAUGUUUUUUUGGGGUUGAUUUUUGUACCAUAUCAUAUAGUAACAACUAUUACAAUGUUGUGUAAUAAAUAAAAUUUGUAAUGAAAAUCUUUUUUUUAAAUAUUUGCUGGAUUUUUUGUACCCUUGAGCACAUGUGAAUAAUCGGUUUUUAUUUCACUGGGGAAUUGCGGUAUUUCUUCACAAUCAAUGUAAUAAAAUAAUUUUUUUUUGUAGAAAACCUUUUUUAACAUUCUAGUCAUCAGCUCAUACACUUCAUAUUUUGAAGAAAUUAACCCCAUGCAUAUUGGUCAAAUAACUGGCCUUUGGGAUAUUUGUGUAGUAUGGUCACUGUGUGGACUAUUCACUUAUUCUGAAUUGAUUAUUUUGUUGCUACCAUGAUGUUAUAUUGAUUUAUGUCAAAGUCCUGUAAGAUGUUACUUUUUGUAGUGCUGUCAUGGUUUUGUUUGUGUUAAUAGUCAUGGUUUGUUUGUGUUAAUAGUCAUUACAUUCUAUUGUCUUAUUGUGACAUUGUAUUAUAACAUGUAUAUAUUUACACUUGAUGAAGACAUAUGUUAUGUUUUUUCUUCUUUUUUUUUCUUUCUCUUUUAUCAUGUUUGUAUAUUGCAGUGUUAAGAAACAAAGAUCUGUGUUAUCUGUGUGGGAUUGUUUUUUGACAGUUUUGAGCAAAGUAUCAAUGUCAAGUAAAUGAAUAUCAGUCACAUGAUUUUUUUAUAGAGAAAUAUUGAGUUACAUUGCAUCCCUCAAAUUGUUUUGAAUGAAGGAUAUCUAAAAGUUAUAAGAUUUUAAUAAAAAAAAAAAGGAAUGACACCAAUGAAAGCAAUCUUUGAAAAUCCAAGAUAACUUAUUGACUAAUCUGCAGAUUUAUGCAGAAUUAUUUUAUUACGUUGCAUAUCUCAAGUGGAUAUAUGUAAAGGUAAAUAAAAAUGUAAAAACACAUUAUAACCAGAUCAUUGUAUGUAUAUAUAGCUUUUAUGGAAAACAUAAUCUUCAAAUACUAAUGUGGGUUGUUUCCCUGGCUAAUUUCAAAAUUUAUUUAUUAAAUAUUGCUUUGACAAGGUUGCUUUUGAAAAUCUCAGGGGUGGAUCCAGUCAUUCUCAAGAGAGGGGUUCCCAACCCAGGAAAAAGGGGGGUUCCAACCAUAAAUCCCCAUUCAAAUGCAUUGAUUGUCAAAAAAAGGGGGAGCAUGCUCAAACCCCUGGAACCCUCCCAGUUGAUCUGCUACUGAAAUCCUUGAGUUUACCUCUGAUACUGAAGGAUUAAACUAAAAAAUAAUCAAAUUCAGUAGAUUUUCAAGUUGCAAUUAUUUGUGGAUUUACAAGUUCAAACAUUUGUGGAUUUACAAACUUGUAUAAACAUUUGUUGAUUUAUCAUGUUUUAAGUAUCAUUCCUUAUGUAGAUGACAAGCCAUUGUCUUACCUGAUAUGUUUUAUUGUCUAACCUGAUAUUAUGUUUUAUUGUCCGACCUGACAUUGUAUGUCUUAUUUACAUGUUUACAAUUUAUAAUAUUUUGUUUGUAACAUUUACAUGAAGAUAUUCGUUCCUUGAACCCUUCUGUUAAAGCAAACUGCAAAACAGACUGAAGUUCAUCUUUUGUUUGGUAUUUGGAUGUUCCAAAAUCAAUCAAAAGUCAAAAGUCUUAUACAUGUAAACAUGCACUUGCAUAAAAAUGAUUUCUAUCGCAGCUCAGAUUAUUUGAUUAUAUAUAUCCUCUGUUAUUUUUUGUACACUUAUGAUUUAAACAUUUCAUACAAAGGUCAAUGGUAAUUAUAAGUAAAGGUCAAAGUGGGAUAAAUUAAUGAAAAGGGAACAAUAUCUUCAUGGUUUUCUGUAUCUUGUCAAUGCACAAAAAUGCAACAAAUUGAUAAUUUGUUAUUUUAUUAUAUGUACAACAAAGUCAUUGUUACUUAAUUACAUGUACCACACAGUCUACACUUAUGUUACUUUAUGACAAAAUAAAAACAGUCAACUAUAGAA